AUGGCUUUGGAAGGAGAAGUUACCACUUUGGAGCUGAUAAGGCAACAUCUUCUCAAUGAUUUUGGUUCAAUGGACAGCUUUAUCAACAGCCUUAACAACUUUCCAAAGAAAGAAACAACUAAUAACGAUGACUAUUGUGAGGAGGCUAAUCAUAGUUUUGAGUUUCAAACCAAACCAAACACAUCAGUUAAUACCGGCGGCCACUACUCCAAACCCUCCAGUUUAAUCCAGUGCCGCCCCUCUAUUAACGUAGCCAUACCACUGCCAAAUUCUUCGGUGUCGGUGAAGGUUCCGGCCAUGUCAUCGUCAGCUUCUGACAACGCUCCUGCCGGCAGAUACUAUCGGUCACUGGAGCUAUUUUCAACUACCGGAGCUAAUAACAAUCGGAGCAAGAAUCGACCACCGGAGAAAGAGAAGAAAAGAGAGAGGCAGCACCUGAGAGAUAAACAACUUUAA